UGCUGGCUGGUUUCUGGAGCAGCGUCUUCACUCCUAUCCAGCUCUUGACACUGGCUUUCAUUCCCUAAGGCUGUGGCCUCCUCUAGGCCCAACCAGGCUGAUGGCCAUACCUUGCCUUCAGUGCUACUCCUUUCUGUUCUUGGAACUGGGACCUGGCUGUGCUUGAGCCCCUUGAAUCACACUCAGGGGCUUGGGCUGAUGGCCCCUCUUGUCAAGAGGACUUAAAGGAAGACAGAUGGGUUUCUGCUAAAGGAGGAUCCAGCCUGCAGAAAGAAGCCCAGGGGGCUGGCUGGAGGGGUUAUUGAGGAGCAUCUGAGCUGGCUGGAUAACCAGCUCUCUCCUAAGCCAUCUCCCCAUCCUGGGCAACUUCUAUGGAGGAACGCCCCCGUCAGUAGGCCACAUUCAUGGCAUGUGGCCAAGCUGCUGGAGGGAUGCCCUGAAGCAGCCACCAACAUGCACUUCCCUUCUGAAGCCUUCAGCUUGUCCUGGCAUUCCGGCUGCAACACGAGUGACGUGUGUGUGCAGUGGUGUCCACUCUCCCGGCACUGCAGCACUGAGAAAAGCAGCUCCAUUGGCAGCAUGGAGAGCCUGGAGCAACCAGGCCAAGCCACCUAUGAGGGCCACCUCUUGCCCAUUGACCAGAGCACAUACCCCAAUCAGCGUGACUCAGCCUAUAGCUCCUUCUCGGCCAGCUCAAAUGCCUCUGACUGUGCCCUUUCCCUCAGGCCAGAGGAGCCAGGCUCUGUGGACUGCAUCAUGCAAGGCCCAGGGCCAACCAAGGCCCCUAAUGGCCAGCUUAAUGUGGCCGAAACCUCAGGAGGUGGCCGGCAUACCAGUGGGAGCCACUUGACUCCUAGCUCCCAGAUAUCAUCCCGUCCACAGGAGGUCCACCACUCAGGGCCUGCCAAGGCUGCCAGGGGUCCACCACAACCUCCAGUGAGGCGAGACAGUCUUCAGGCCUCCAGAGCCCAACUCCUCAGUGGAGAGCAGAGCAGGGCUUCUGAGCUUGUGGACUCCUUGCAACAGACGGAGAAACCUAGCUUGGACACCAUGCUAUCCCCAAGGAACCCUAACAGGUUCUGCUGCCUCAGCGGGCAAGACCAAGUGACAAAUGAGGGCCAUCAGAACUGUGAGCUCAGCCAACUUCCUGAAUCCAGCCAGAAGGGCUCUGAGCAUCUACUGAUGGAGGCCUCGGCCAAAGCUGUUGGAUUCCCAAAAGCAUAUGACAAAGCUUCCAGCACAGAUUCCAGCCCACUUAACCAGGCUUCAGCAGAACUAGCUAAGGCUUCUUCUUUUGGCAGUCCUCCACACCUCACAGGACAUCGCCAUAGUGCCCCUGAAGAGCUACUGGCGUCCCACUUGCAGCAUGUGCACCUUGAUACUAGGGACAGCAAGGGGACGGAGCUUCCAGCUGGGCAGGAUGGGCAGGAGUGGACUCUAUCCCCUUUGCACAGUAGCCACACAGGCAAGAAAAGCCCAUGUCCCCCUGCAGGAGGAACCCAGGACCAGCCCAGCAAAGAAAGAAAGACCAGGCCAAUGGAUGAUAGACUUCUGGGUUCGGGGCAUCAGAGCCCAAGCAGUUCCCCACAUGGAGAGGCUGAUGGACAUCCUCCAGAAAGAAGUUUCCUGGACCCAAACAGAGCAAGCAGAGCUGACAGUGAAUUGGCCAGCCAGCAGUCCUCUGCCUCUGGCUCCCUUGUUCAACAAACCACUAAAGUAGCUGGCCGCACAGAGACAACUGAAGAAGGGGACAGUGAGCCCAAGGAGUGUGGCCAGGUGGGUGGUAGGCGAAAUGGAGGGACCCGGGGCCGCUCAAUACAAAACCGGCGGAAGAACGAACGUUUUGCUACCAAUCUACGUAAUGAAAUUCAGAGGAGGAAGGCCCAGCUCCAGAAAGGCAAGAGUCCCUUGUCACAGCUGUGUGACACCAAGGAGCCAGUGGAAGAGACCGAGGAGCGCCUAGAAAGUCCUCCACUUCCUGCCUCUAACUCAUCCCUUCUAUCUUCGUAUAAAAAACCACCUAGCCCCAGAGACAAGCUCUUCAACAAGAGCAUGAUACUCAGGGCUAGGUCUUCAGAGUGCCUCAGCCAAGCCCCUGAGGGCCAUGAAUCUAGGACGGGCUUGGAGGGACGAAUGAGCCCUAGCCAGAGACCUGGCCAGUCCUCUUUGAGCCUGAACACCUGGUGGAAAGCAUCUGACCCAUCCUCCUCAGACUCUGAAAAAACAAAUGUUCACCGUGGAGUCCGUGGAGGUCACUGGAGAUGGUCGCCAGAGCACAACCUGCAGCCACAUGUGGCACUAGCCGUGGAAAACUCUUCCAACCCAGGUGACAAGGAAUUGAAGGCUUCUACUGCCCAAGCUGGGGAGGAAGCCAUCCUCUUGCCCUUUGCAGACAGAAGAAAGUUCUUUGAAGAGAGUAGCAAAUCCUUAUCGACAUCUCAUUUGCCAGGUUUAACCACUCAUAGCAAGACUUUUACCCAGAGACCAAAACCUGUUGACCAAAACUUCCAGCCAAUGAGCUCCAGCUAUAGGGAAUUGAGGCGCCAUCCCAUGGACCAAUCAUAUCACUCCACAGACCAACCCUGUCAUGCCACAGACCAAUCAUAUCAUUCCAUGUCACCCCUUCAGUCAGAAACUACCACUUACAAAGAAUGUUUUGCAAGCAAAGGUCUAGAACAAUCCAUGUGUUGUAAGCCACUACACUGUGGUGAUUUUGAUUACCGCAGGACGUGCUCUUACUCCUGCAAUGUCCAGGGAGCUGUAGUCCAUGACCCUUGCAUUUAUUGUUCUGGGGAAGUCUGCCCUGCUUUGCGAAAGAGAAAUAUGAUGCCAAACUGCUACAACUGCCGGUGCCACCACCACCAGUGUAUCCGGUGUUCAGCUUGUUAUCAUAAUCCCCAGCAUGGUACCCUUGAGGACAGCAGCUUGGCACCUGGCAACACUUGGAAACCCAGGAAUCCAACAGUGCAGGACUUUCCUGGGGACAAAUGGAAGCCAAUAACAGGAAACAGGAAGACCAGCCAGUCAGGGAGGGAAAUGGCUCAUUCCAAGGCUAGCUUUUCAUGGGCAACCCCCUUCCAUCCUUGCUUUGAGAACCCAGCACUGGACUUGUCAAGCUACCGAGCAAUCUCUUCUCUUGACCUCCUUGGAGACUUCAAGCACUCCUCAAAAAAACCAGAGGAAACCUCCGUUUAUGAAGAGGAGAGCUCCCUAGCCUCCAUGCCCCGCCCACUGCGGGGCCGGGCCUUCUCAGAGAGCCACAUCAGCUUGGAUCCUCAGAGCUCCCGGGCCUGGGGGCAGCAUAGGAAGGAGCUCUUUACCAAAGUUGUUGAGAUCCAGCCAGAUCCUCUGGGUGCCAGGAAGAAGGCCUUUCCUCCUCCUCGCCCUCCUCCUCCCAACUGGGAGAAGUACAGGCUCUUUCGUGCAGCCCAGCAGCAGCAGCAACAGCAGCAGAAGCAGCAAAAGCAGCAGCGAGAGGAGGAGGAAGAGGAGGAGGAAGAGGAAGAGGGGGUGGAGGAGGAGGGGGAGGAGGAAGAGCUGCCACCCCAGUAUUUCAGUUCAGAAACCACUGGUUCCAGUGCCCUCAAUCCUGAGGAGGUCCUGGAGCAGCCCCAACCCCUGGGCUUUGGCCACCUGGAGGCUUCAAGGCAGGGCUCACAAAGCCUUCCAGCAGAGCAAGAGUCCUGUGCUCUCCAUUCCAGCAAUUUCCUGCCUCAAGUAAGGGGCCAUUUGGGAUCUCAAGCUGAGAAGGCUCUGCCCCCUUGCUAUUAUGGCAUUGGUGGGCUUUGGAGAACAUCAGAGCAGGAGACCACUGAUUCCCCCAAACCAGAAGCUUUGAUGGCAGAAGAGUCCAAACCUAAGCCAGCAUGGAGCCAGAGCUACUUCUUUCCUGAGGAGAAGUUCUCUUUCAUGGGCUGGGGCUCCGAGAAGCAGCACCUCAACCCCGCAGCCUUCAGUGAACCCAAGACAACAGGACAAGAGUUUCAGCACUUCUCACCUCCCCACGGUGCCCCAGGGAUCCCUACCUCUUAUUCAGCUUAUUACAAUAUUUCUGUGGCCAAAGCAGAGCUGCUGAACAAGUUGAAAGACCAACCCGAGAUGGCAGAGAUUGGCCUGGGAGAGGAGGAAAUUGACCACGAACUGGCUCAAAAAAAGGUUCAGCUCAUCGAAAGCAUUGGCAGAAAACUUUCUGUCCUGCAGGAGGCCCAGCGAGGAUUGCUGGAGGACAUCACUGCCAAUUCUGCCCUUGGGGAGGAGGUGGAGACCAACCUAAAAGCCGUCUGCAAAUCCAAUGAGUUUGAAAAAUACCGUUUGUUUAUUGGGGACCUGGACAAAGUAGUCAACCUGUUGCUGUCACUCUCUGGUCGACUGGCCCGUGUGGAAAAUGCUCUCAACAGCAUCGAUUCAGAGGCCAACCAGGAGAAGUUGGUGCUGAUAGAGAAGAAGCAGCAGCUGACAGGGCAGUUGGCAGAUGCCAAGGAGCUGAAGGAGCACAUGGAGCGCCGGGAGAAGCUGGUGUUUGGUAUGGUCUCCCGCUAUCUGCCUCAGGACCAGCUCCAAGAUUACCAGCACUUUGUGAAGAUGAAAUCUGCUCUCAUCAUUGAACAGCGAGAGCUGGAAGAGAAGAUCAAGCUCGGGGAAGAGCAACUCAAAUGUCUCAGGGAGAGCCUACUCCUGGGGCCCAGUAAUUUCUAAUUCCACCAGCAGACUGCCUGCACCAUCCCUGCCCCGCCAUAAUGGGAAGCGCUUUCAAUCCUUGUUAGCACUUUGUUAGCAGGUAGAUAACAGUUAGUUAGCAGUUUGUUCCAUAUUCUCUACCCUGGACGUCUCUCACUACCCCUUAACCUAGCAGUGUUCCCAACCAGCUAAGAGGACCUGGGGAGGCACCAAGCUUCUACCCAAGGGAGUAGAAGCAAGAAGCAGGAGCUGCAGCAAAGUGUGAUCAUACAACCACACUCUCCUUCUCACAGUUUGCAUGGCCAAGCAUUCACCACACACAGGACCAACAAAAUGCCUUCAUUAUCCUUUGUACUAGGACACCAGGAACAUCAUGUACUCAGCCCCACACACACACACCAUCAUCAGCCUUUGAAGUCUCAGAGAGAAGUUGCCUGUGCAGCUCCACUCUUCCCCAGGGCUCGUGGCCCAGCCAUUUCCCACAGAGAUCUGGCUGUCUUGAGGGCAUUCACCUACCACCAGCUUCAGGGCCUCACCCCAGCUUUGCAGUAGGAAGCACAGAAGGAGAAAUGACAUUUAACAGAAUGUGAGCAGAGGUUGGGAAUCACCUGAUGCCCUGCUAGAAGGAGCUAUGCUUAAACAAACUGGCUCUACCCCUGCCUUCCCCAUUACCUAGCUGAGGGGGAGGAGGACUACCUUCAGCCCCAGCUAGUGUGGCCCUCAUCCUGUCCUAAGACUUUGGCCUACCACUUCCUGUUUCAUCUUGCCUUUUCACCGCUGGGAGUUACAGGUGCCUACCCUAAGGGCUUCACACUAUGGGCCAUGAAUAGUUCUACUAAAGCUAACUUCUGGAUACAUGUUUUAUUAUUGGGGGGAGGGGGUUGUUGUUAUAUUUUAAAUGGCCUUUUGAUUUUAUUUAUUUUUAUGUCUUGAUGGUUUUUUUCUGUUUUUUAACUAAUAAGGUAAGAAGAGGGGAGUUGGAGAGGGAAAAGUUAGCCCAGAAGGAAAGCAUUUUCUGCAGAUCAGCCUGAAUUCACCAUGGCUAGGUAAGCAAGUGCCAAGGCCUUGAAUUCUUCCCACCAUAGCUAACAAGUGUCUAAGGAAGGAGUUCUCACUUCGAACUCAGUUUCCCCACUAUGGCCUGGCCAUAUACUUCCCUUGAAGUCUGGAUGACCAUGAGCUUAGAGUUCCCCAACAGGCUUCAACUGCUUCUUAUUUUUUCUUGAAACCAAAGAAAUCUGAAAGGGACAAAGGUUCACCCAUUUCUCUACCAUUUCCAAGCUAAGGAAGGCGUAGAGGUGACCUCAGGAAGAGCUCCUCUAUCUAAUUGUUUUCUUAUCCUGUGGCCUGGCUCGAGUAGCCGAAAUUCAUGGUAGCUGGAAGCUUCAGCCAGGGCCAGCCCGCCAGAGCAAGUUAUAAUCCAGCCAGGAUCUUAGGCACACAAAUAAUGAAUGCUGCUGCUGUGGCCACCCGGUAGCCAGUUUCUAUCCUGGAAAAGCCCUCAGGUGGGUGAUGGCAGGAAGGGAGUUGUGGCCAAAUGCUGCCCUGUUACCCAGCUCAGUCUUCUGUUCCUUGCUAACUGGGGUCCAUGCUUGGUAUUGCACAGCCCUGUGCAGCCAACCCGGCAUUGCCAUCGCUUCUAGUUACUGCUCAGUUCCUCAGGGUCCUUGGAGGUUAACUGUAGCAGCAGGGGUGCCUCAUUCAACCAAAGAAUUUGCCAAGGAACUUUGCUGCUGCUACAAAUACUGGUUGCUAGCUUCCGUUUCCUCUUCAUUGUAUUUGGAAACAAUGGAAGAAUCUUGGCCAGCAGGGUGUCCUGUGGGGAGGGGUGCCCUGAGUAUGCUCACUACACUGCUGCUGUCAGAACCACUGUUAAAAUGUCAACCUGCCAUUCUCCCAUCAAGUGGAGGAUUCUACUCUGUUCAGGAAGGCUGAUGGCUUAUAAAGGGCUAGGUUUACCUAAGCCAAGGUUGCAUGAGAUGGGGGAAUGCUUUGAAUAGAGGCUGUGGUUGCCAUCUUUUUUUUUUUUUUUUUUUUUCUGUAAACAGGCUCUUUAACAGUGAGCAGGCAGAGAUGUCCUGUAUUGGGGAGGAUGAGGCCAAUGUAGCCCAACAUUCUAAUAUUUUUUUUUGCCAGAACAGCUUUUUGGGAAUAUAGCCCAGGGAAAAAAGUGGCCACUUACCUGGACACCAUGACCAUGGUCUGGGCUUUUCUAGUCAGCAUUAGAAUGAUUGUAUCUUAAGUUUAUCAGACUAAAAGUACUAUUAACUUUGUUAUUUGUGUCCCUUAUCCCACCUCCAAUUAUUCUAAAGUUAGGAUCAGAGUACAAGAAUGCUCAUUUUCACACAGAGUUUCCAAAGCACUUAAUACUGUAUUGAGCAGUGAAGCUUGGCAGACAAAGGUGAACUACCAGACAGGCACAGAUGCCCCACAAUGCUGACGUGGCAGGCCCAUCAUGAGUGAUAGCACUGCAAAGCCGCCGGUAUUACCUGAGAUGCAGUAUCUCUUGCCCGUUCUCAUUUCCUGUGCUCAGCCCUCCACCAAGGCCUGCCAGGGAGUAGCAGUUUGGAAGGCAGGGCAAGGGAUUUCCCCGUACAGGCCACAGUGGGUAAUGUGUAAGCACAGUGGUUGAAAUUUAGAGAGGAAUCAGUGUAAGGGGCUCUGGGUAAUUGAGUCUCCUUGAGUCCCACCAGCUGCAGACUCAGCCAGGGUAGAGCAGUAAAUGCUCAAGGGGAAGCCAAGAAAAAGGACAGAAACACUGAAAAAAAAAAGCCCUAGAAAGUGAGAGACUGGAAGCUGAGGAACAGAGAGGGUGAAAAGAUGAAAAGCCUCUUUCAAGGCCAGAUUCAGGUUCUGUUUUCCAUUUCACCUCAUGUGCCAAAAAGCUGCCGAGGGGCACCGGAGCCACAGCCUUAACCCCAGCCUCCCUAAAGGUGCUGCUCUGCCAGUAGCAGGCCCCAAAUAGAGGAAGCUGGGCACAUUUCUGGCCACUUUCUCCUGUCUGAAGCUUGAUGUCUCCCUCUGUCUUUGCCAAAGGAAUUGUCUAUGCCAAUAAUAUUUCUGUAACAGCAUAUUGUAUUCUUUGAAGAUUAGUAGGUCUUUAGAGGGGGGUGGGGCAAGGGGCAAUUUCUAUAGAGAAAGAACCAGUGUUUGUUGUACAGAUGUUGGGGGGGUCAUCUAUCCCAUGUGAAGCUAUUAGUUUUCUGAAUCUUAUUGUUUCUGCGUUUAUGUCCUCCACCACUCCCUUCUUGGCUGACAUUGAUAUGCCUGCCAGAUUGUCAUCGAGGGUCAUACUUCAAUAAAAGGUGCUAAGGACAAAAAAAAAAUUAUCUCACGUGUUUUGACUAAGGUCAUGGAAAUUCCCUAAUAUUCUGCUGAAAAGUAUUGGAAAGGAAUUUGGUCACCUAUCCAUAGUCCUUCAUAGGUAACCGUAUGAUCAGAGCCUUACCCACAUCCCUAAACCCUUACACUGGCCCCUCAGGGAUAGCAUUGAUGCUACACCAUUCAUUAUUCCCAGUACAGUAACUGAGAAUUCAGGAAGAGUCAACAAUAGGCAUGAUCUCAGGUGUAGACCUCAGCAGUAUACAGAGCCCAGUUCUGGAGUCUAUCCUGAUCAGAGGUGAGCCACUUUCUAGACCUCCUCCAAUCUUGAGUUCUCUCUACUAGUAUCAUCUGACUUCUACCUGAUAGUUCAGUCUCACACCUUUACUCUUAGUCACUGAUCAGCUUUCCAAGAUAACCUCAAGAUUUAGACCCAAAUAUACUCCAGGCAGCUCCUCUGACCCUGAAAAUCUUACUUGCCCCCCCAUCCAUACAUUAUUGAUAUCCCAACUGAUCUCCUCCUAUUCCAGAUAUCCAGUGCAGUAGAGUAGAAAGAGCCCAGUUUGGGUAUUAGAGUGAACUGUGUUCAAAUCCUGAUUCUGCAACUUACUUCUUAUUCUAUGAAUCUGGUUUAUUUGCUCAACUUCUGAGUUCACUUUCUUAUCUGUAAAAUGGAAACAAUAAUAUGUAUCUUUCUUACAAGACUGUUGUGGCUUAAAAAUAAUAAAUGAUAGCCACCAGCUAUAUACUAAGAGGUUGUUUGUUAGAAAGGCAGAAUCAAUCCCAGGCUCCACUCGAAACUCAAUGAUAAUAGUCUGCAUUUUAACUAGACUCCCAGGAGAUUCAUGUGCAUAUUAGAAGUUGAGAAGCACCAGCUUAUCACAAAUAGGCUCAGUACAUAGUAACCAUCAUUCGAGUCCUGAUUUACUCAGUUCAUUCUUUUCCAACCCAGACACAUUCUUGCUCUUCUCACAUUGCUCACAACUACCUGCCUAAAUGAGUUUAGCAAGGUCUCAGGAUACAAGGCUGAUAUAUAAAAUCACUUCUGUUUCUAUACACUAGCAAUUAACAAUCUGAAAACAAUUUCAUUUAUAGUAGCAUCAAAAAGAAUAAAAUACUUAGGAAUACAUUUAACAAAAGAAGUAUAAGAAUUUUAUACUGAAAACUAAAAACAUUGUUGAAAGAAAUUUUUAAAAAUCUACAUAAAGGCACUCUAUGUUCAUUGAUUAGAAGAGUUAAUAUUGUUUAGAUCACAAUACUCCUCAAUUGACCCACAGAUUCGGUGCAAUCCUUAUGAGAAUCCCAGCUGGUUUCUUCGCAUAAAUGGAAAAGUCAAACCUAAAAUUCAUAUGGAAUUGCAAGGGACCCAGAAUAGUCAAAACAAUCUUUAAAAAUAACAUAAUUGGAGGACUCACACUUAAUUUCAAAAUCAAAUCUCACUACAGAGCUACAGUAAUCAAGACAGUAUAUGUACAAGGAUAGACAUAUAAAUAAAUGGAAUAACAUUGAGAGUACAGAAAUAAACCCUCAUAUUUAUGGUCACUUAAUUUUCAAUAAUGGUGCCAAGACAAUAAAAUGGAGAAAGAAUAGUCUGUCAACAGAUGAUGCAGGGACAACUGGGUAUCCACAUGGAAAAGAAUGAAGUUGGAUCUCUUCCUUAUACCACACAACAAAAUUAACUUGAAAUGGAUUAUAAAGCUAAAUGUAAGCAUUAAAAUUACAAAAUUCUUAGAAGAAAACAUAGGAAUAAACCUGACAUUGGGUUAGGCAAUGAUUACUUCAGUAGAACUCCAAAAGCACAACUGACAAAAAUAUCAAUAAAUUGGGGGCUUCCCUGGUGGCGCAGUGGUUGAGAGUCCACCUGCCGAUGCAGGGGACAUGGGUUCGUGCCCCAGUCCGGGAAGAUUCCACAUGCCGCAGAGCGGCUGGGCCCAUGAGCCAUGGCCGCUGAACCUGCACGUCCGGAGCCUGUGCUCCACAACGGGAGAGGCCGCAACAGUGGGAGGCCCGCGUACCACACACACACACACAAAAAUCAAUAAAUUGGAAUACAUCAAAACUUUAAACUUUUGUGCUGCAAACAAUGCCAUCAAGAAAGUGAAAAGACAAUCCACAUAAUUGGAAAAGUAUCUAAUAUUGGGCUUUUAUUCAGAACAUGUAAAGGACUCUUACAAUGCAAAAAUAACCAAUUAAAAAUGGGCAAAGACUUUUUAUCAGAAUAGAUGUUUCUCCGAAGAAUAUAUGCAAAUGACCAAUAAGCACGGGGAAAAAUACUCAACACUAAGGAAAUACAAAUCAAAACCACAAUGAGAUACCAGUUCAUACUGACUAUGAUGGCUAUAAUAGAAAAGGCAAACAAUAACAAGUGUUGGUGAGGAUAUGGAGAAAUUGAAACACAUACAUUGCUGGUGGGUAAAAUGUAAAAUGAUGUGGCCAUAUUGGAAAACAAUUUGGCAAUUUCUUUAAAUGAUAAACAUAGACUUUCCAUAUGACUUAGCAAUACCACUCCUAGGCAUAUAGCCAAGAGAAUUGAAAACAGGCAUUCAAACAAAAACAUGUACACAAAUGUUCAAAGCUGCAUUAUUCAUAACAGCCAUAAAGUAGAAACAGCGUAAAUGUCCAUCAGCUGAGGAAGGGAUACACAAACUUUGUUGGGAUAUUAUUCAGCCAUAAAAAGGAAUGAGGUACCGAUACCUGCCACAACAUGGAUGAACCUUGAAAAUGUUAUGCUAAGUGAAAGAAGCCAGUCACAAAAGAUCACAUAUUGUAUGAUUCCAUUUAUAUGAAAUGUCUAGAAUAGGCAAAUCUACAGAGGCAGAAAGCAGAUUAGUGGCUGCCAAAGGCUGGUAGUCUGGGAGAAAUGAUUGCUAAUGGGCAUGGGGUUUCUUUUGGGGUGAUGAAAAUAUUCUAAAAUUAGAUUGUCAUCAAGGUUGCCCAACUCUGUGAAUAUACCAUAAACCAUUGAAUUGUACACUUUAAAUGAGUGAGCUGUAUGGUAUAUGAAUUAUUUCUCAAUAAAA